AUGUCCUUUGUUCCUCCCAACUUCUCUGAUAUCGGCAAAUCUGCCAACGACUUGCUUGGAAAAGACUACCCAGUUGGCUCCGCCAAGCUUGAAGUCAACACCACCACUCCCAAUGGCAUUAAAUUCACUGUCACUGGAAACAAGGAUAACAAAUCUGGUUUGAUUGGAUCAGAUCUCAAGGCCAAAUAUGUCGACAAACCCCGUGGCCUUUCUUUCACCGAGACUUGGACCACUACCAAUGUUCUUGGAGCUGAGCUUGAGCUUGAAAACUCUCUUGCUAAAGGUCUCAAGCUUAGCCUUGUUGGUUCUCUUCUUCCCGAUAAGGGCACCAAGCAUGCCAAGGCUGGUGUAGAGUACAAGCAAGACUAUGUCUUUACCCGUACUAGCCUCGAUCUCUUUAAAGGUCCUACUAUUCUUGCCGAUGCUGUCGUUGGUAACAAUGGUUUCUUUGCUGGUGGUGAAGUUGCCUACGAUGUUUCCGAUGCCAAGGUCAACAAGUACUGUGCUUCUCUCGGCUACAUUGCUCCCUUGUACUCUGUUUCUCUUCUUGCUGCCAAUAAGCUUUCUCUUUUCACUGCAUCUUAUCACCACCGUGUGAACAAUGAGGUCGAGGCUGCUGCCAAGGCUACAUGGAACAAGGCUACUGACUCCUCUGUUGCUAUUGAAGUUGGUACAAAGUACGCUCUUGAUCGUGAUGCUUUCCUCAAGGCCAAGGUUGACAAUACCGGCCGUCUUGGUCUUGGUUACACUCAGGUUCUCCGUCCUGGCAUUAAACUUGCUCUUGGCGGUCUUUUUGACACCACUCGUCUUCAAGCUGAUGUCCACAAAGUUGGUUUCUCUCUUACUUUUGAGGCAUAAUGCAUUUUUAGCAGAUCGAGCAUUUACUUGACUACUUUUACUCACCUGCAUGGCAUGUCUUACUUGGCAACCUUUUUCAAGGUGCUUGUAUCAGCCACGACCAGUAAACCCAAGUUAUUUUGCAAAGAAAUAAACAGGGUUGACUAUUUGAACGCAGU